CUUAUCAAACCGUUGAUUCACAACGGAUUCACGUUUAUAUCGCUUUGGCGUUCCAACACGAUUUCCUUACUCAACUAUUUCAACUACAAGUGAUUUUCAAUUACAAGUGUAUUCAAGUUUUCAUCUAGUUGAUAAAAAAAUGUGUUCCAAAAAAUUAUUGUGCUACUUCACUAUUGGCUUGCUGUUCAUGGGUCUUUUUAUGGAUGAAGUCGAAGCAAGACGUAAAAUUUUAAGAGGGCGGAAAACGAUUACAAGACGUUAUUACUGGGGAACGGCUAUUCCCGCAUGGUCUAUAGUUCUACUAGUAGGAAUUUUUAUGCUGCUCGCCGGUGGAGGACUUUGUGUGCUACUACAAAAAUUUGUAGUGGAUAAUGCUGAGACCGCGGAAAGACAUUCGUAUCACCAACCUGUUUUACAAAAUGAUGCUUAAAUUUAAGGAUACACAAAAAUUUAAUUAUCACUCAUUACACAAUUUUUCUAUACUCUAUGAAAAAAAAACAUUGUAAUAUUCUUACAACCCAAAAUAUUUUAUAUGAACUUAGUGACAAUGUGUUAUUGACUUUAACACCUACAGGACGAUAUCACCUAUCGUUGACCCACUACUGACUGUUCUCGUGUAACAGUAAAUAAUAAUGUAAACGUCAAAUGACAUAAAAUAAUACGUUACUAAGAAACAAGAUUAACAAGUAAAGAAACUAUAAAUCGAAAAAUUGGAUAUUAAUGACAAGAAAUGCUUUCUUAAAAUUAAUUGUUCAAUUAUAAAAAAUGGUAUCAGUAGCGAGUUUUAUCAGAGCACUAUCAUCCUGAACGUGUUAAUAUAGCUACUUCUGUCGAUUGCCUAGUAUUUUAAUAUCAUUAAUUAUCGAAAUUGAAUAACAUCGUUAUUUUUAUAAUUGUGCCUUUCAUAGUACUUUUUAUUCCUUUACUAGUUCAAAAUUGUGAAAUAUGUUUUAUAAAUUACACAAUAAUUAAGUAUGGUUAUAUCAUCAUCGAAAGAUACUUAAGUUACAACAAACGACGUUCAAUUGAACAAUACAGUUUGAAAAUCAAUUACAGCUUGCUUUGUACAGUCGGAUACAAGAAAAUGAUCAAUUUUCGGGCUUGUUAGAUUAUUAAUUCAAUAUAUAUAUUAUACAUUGGUAAUUAAUUAUUAAUCGGUAUGAAAAGAGAAAUAAUUCUAUUAUUUAGAAUUCUCUGCGAUGAUACUUGUCGGAAUCAAAGUAAGAUGUCACAACAACACGAUUGUUGAAUUUUCGUCCCGUAAGUGUUUGCUGUGCCUUCUGGCAGUCAAUCACGCUAUUAAAUUCGACAAAUACCUGUAAUAAACAAAAAUUAUGUAAAAAUAUAUGCUUUUUAUUUAUAUAUAAUCGGAAAUAAAUAAUAAAACUAUA